AGAAUUUUUAGAAAUGCUAUUUUUAUUUUAUUCUAUUUUUUUUCUGGGUGACUUCAUAUCCGAUAUUUACUGUUAUUAUAUGAGCGUAUGGAAGUAUUCACUAAACAUAUGGAAGAUAACUGUAAAACCAAUUCUCCAUUAUGUUUUCGGUAUCAAACAGUAUAGAUACCGCUGAAGUGUCAACUGAGACUGGCACAACAUAUGCAAAUUCAAAUACCAAAUACAACGACCUACAACCACAAAAUGCAAAUGAAACGGAAGCUAAAGCUUACUGGAAAGAAAUCCAAGAAGGCCACAAAAUGACGCAGAUUUCAGGUGAUAAUGAUAAAACAUGUGUACAAGAUUAUAGUCUAAACACAGAGCGGUACCCACCAAUAUGCGUUAGCAAUCAAUGCGUGAAAACGUGCAAUAACACCGGUGGUAGACAUCCUAUAGCUGAUGAUAUAUUAUCAUGUUGUAAAUGUGCCCAAAGAAGGUCGAGCGAAACAAACACUAAUACAGCCGCUAAUAUACACCGAAUUAGAGACGAUGUCGUCGAAAAUGGUCUCACUGAAAAACAUGUGUAUGAAAGUGUGAAACAUAGAAUAAACCAACACCCUUGUACACAAACGUGUGGAAGUUGUUUAGUUUCUAUGGGCAGCCCUAGUUAUUUACACCCUGUUUCACAAGUUCAAAGCAAACACGAACAUGAAUUGAUACAUUUAAACAGCGACAUUAACUGUUGUCGCUCUGCCUGCAGCCAAGGUCAAAGAAAUGACUUUCAGCAUGUUACAACUGAUUCGAGUUAUGCAUGUGUGGACCAUUUCAACCGAAACUUCCCUUUACGUCGAAAACAAAGGAAGUGCAUCAGCAGUACCGAUAAGUACAAAUAUUUCCGUAAGGGAUUUUACAUCUUGUUAGUACUCAAUGUAAUAUUUUUGCUAUUAAACGUUGUCGGACUUCCGUUUUUGUACGUUGCUACAGAAACGCAGAGAGAUGCUACUGUACAAGAAUACAAGAAAUGUUUAAAAUGUGACAUAAUUCAUAAACUGACAAGUCAGGAGAUAAAAGACUUGGGUAUCAUCAGACAUAAGGAUGGUCAAUGUUGUGUGAAAAACACAGAGGAUCUUUUAGCUUUUCUGAUAAAGGGCUGGACGAAUCAGCAAGGCGUACAGAGAAACUACAAACUCAUCAACAAGUUACUGACACGUCGUCGUUCAGCCAUUCAUUUGUCCGGACACGUUACAAAUGCUCACAUUGUAUGGCGGUCUGGUGGAGUAACAGAAGGUACUUUGACUUACGAUGAACAUGGAAUACAUGUAAAUACCGGGGGGACUUACGUUUUGUACAGCACAAUUGGCUUCAAGAAAGGACCCUGUCAUUCCCGGAGGAGAAUAGGAUAUACAGUCAAGUUAAAAGGGGAUAAAGGAUCACCAACAAUAUUAGCUGCAGUGCAAAAGCUUUGUUUGAAUGGAAUAAACUAUGAACAAGAUUUCGUCACACAAACGGUAUUUCAGGUGCCAAUGGGACAGAAGCGGGAAGUUUUUAUUGACAUUGCCCCUGUUGACUACGAAUGUAUUCUAAAACAUCAUCCGCACACAUUUAGUGUCUUUGAGAUAUAACGGCACUUUGAAAUGAUUCAGAAAAAGUAUGGCACAAAUAGAAAUAUUACUGAACUUUUUUUUAAAAAAAGUCAAGUUUUGUAGGGCAACUGUCAUAUUAUUUACACACUAAAAUCGCGAGGCAGCAUAUACGCACGACGAUCUCUCUUUUAUUUAAUUGCUCAUUGUUUUGGAAAACACUUGUUUAGAUUUUAGCUAAAUGCAUAUAUCAAGAUAGGUAAACAUUGGAAUUACCUGUUGAUAAUUUUGCUAUGUUGUAGAUAAUAAUAUAGGUCAAUUUUUAUCUAUAUCAGUUAAGAAAGAGAUAAUAUUAAACCAUAAUGAUUGUGGUGUAAAAAUGUAUUUGAGCCGUGCCAUGGAAAAACCAACAUAGUGGGUGUGCGACCAGCAUGGAUCCAGACCAGCCUGCGCAUCCGCGCAGUCUGGUCAGGCUCCAUGCUGUUCGCUUUUAAAGCCUAUUGGAAUUGGAGAAACUGUCAGCGAACAGCAUGGAUCCUGACCAGACUGCGCGGAUGCGCAGGCUGGUCUGGAUCCAUGCUGGUCGCACACCCACUAUGUUGGUUUUCCCAUGGCACGGCUCAUUUGUAUUGAAUGUAUAACUAUUGAACUUUGUAUGCGGUCUGCUUACACGUUUAGCACUUUUCAAAGACAACUACUAUCAUAACAGAUAAAUAUAGUUGUAUAAAAUUUGACCCUGAAUUAAUGACUGUUUAGAUAACAGUCGUAUGACACAGAUAUGACAAGAUAUGACUCAAUAUUGACGUGUUUCUAAUUAUGUUAUUCGGCUUUCGUCCAACUUUAUAAAACAUUUGUAUUAUAUAUUUUCGAAAAAUAUAAUCUUACAGAAAGUUUAUUUGUCACAUGUUAAGUGGUAUCGCGGUUGCAUUUAUUGAUCCGCUGAUAGCGAAUGUAUAUUCGUCUUUUCAAACUUGAAUAAUGUUAAGUAUUCAUAUAGAGAAAACGUAAUGUUAAUCUUUGCUUAUUUUACAUAAUAUGAAAGAAACUGAAAUUGAACGAAAUGUUUAUAAUCAAAGUAUAUUAAAGAGGAAGCUGCAUUAAUUACAUUUUAUUACCAACCGUCUGAAGUCUUAACUUACGAUUUUUACGAGUAAACCUGAAAUAAUAUACAAACGUAAAAUGCGUUAUUUUAGUAAGGGAUUAAUGUCAACGACAAAAAGUAAUUGUUUUGUUUGGUUUGAAGUCGCACCGACAAAGCUCAAGUGUUGGCCAGGUGUACUUAUGGAUACAUGGUUUUACGCUUGACUAUCAAUCCAGAGGUUCAAAUCCCGGUCCGGACACAAAACCAAAAUUUUGAAAUGUUCUUAAGUGUCAUACACCAAAUUUAAAACCAGUUAUUCUGUUCUACAAUAUAAUACAAUACAAUACAAAGCAAUACAAUACAAUGCAAUGCAAUGCAAUGCAAUGCAAUACAAUACAAUACAAUACAAUACAAUACAAUACAAUACAAUACAAUACAAUACAUUACAUUACAAUGCAAAAUGAGUACGUAUUUUACUCAUGCAGCAUAUUAAAAUGCUUAACUACUAUGAAAACAAUUAUUCAGGUCCUUUUUCAAGAUUUUCUUUAGAUACAAUUUGCAGUUAUAAAACAUUCGUAUGAUACUGAUAUUGCAUUGUCAUGUUUUGAAACAUGUCUUCGUUCUGCUUGAAGUACUUUGUAUUCAGUGUUUAUAUACAUUUAUAAAGAUGUAAAAAUGUUAUACUGACGUUUAAGUUAAAAUUUUGAAAUGUAACACUUUUCAAAUACAUAUAUCCCACUCAUCCGCGAUGCUCUCCCUUACACACACACAACAAUUAAUUCUCUAAGCCAUAGUACUUUGUCGACACCAAAACAAUAAGACAUUGAUAUUGGCAUAUAAUACGUUUAAACCGUAUUUGUUAAUUGCACCCGGCACGUUAGACAUUUUAUUCAAGUUAGUGACUGCUGACACAGAGAAUAGUAGCAAUUUCUGGCCCAGAAAAUGUUAGCAAAUGCUGACCAUGGAAUGUUAGCAACUGCUGGCUAAUAGAGUGUUAGCAACUCUUGGCCACAGAAACGUCGGCAACUGCUGACACAGAAAUUAAGCGUCUGUCGGCCCAUGGAAUAUUAGCAACUGCGGCCCAUAGUUGGUAGCGAAUGCUGACCCAGAGAAUUUUAGCGACUGCUGACCAAGAGAAUGUUAGCGACUGCUGGCCCAGAGAAUAUUAGCGACUGCGGCCCAUAGUUGGCAACGACUGCUGAUACAGUGAAUGGUAGCAAGUUCCCGCUCAGAGAAUGUUAGCGACUGCUGGCCAAGAGAAUUUUAGCGUCUGCUGGUCCAGAAACUGUUAGAAACGGUUGACCUAGAAAAAGUUUACACAUGCUGGCUAAAUGAAUGUUAGUGACAUGAAUGUUAGCGACUGUUGGUUCAGAGAAGUUUAGCAACUGCCAGCUCAGAGAAUGCUAGCGGCUGCUUGCAAAGAGUAUAUUAACGAAUGCUGAUCGAGAGAACGUAAGUGACUGUUGGCUCAAACAACUGCCCUUGGGAAAGUUAGCGACUGCUGGUCCAGAGAAUGUUAGCGACUGUUUGCCGGGAAAAUGUUAGUGACUGUUGGUCCAAAGAAUGUUAGCGUCUGCUGGCCUAGAGAAUGUGAGCGAAUGCUGGUCCAGAGAAUGUAAGCAACUGCUAGUCCAGAAAAGGUUUGCGACUGCUGGUCAAGAGAAUGUCAGCAACUGCUAGUCAGAGAAUGUUAGCAACAGUAUAGAAUAGAAUAUAGAAUAUUAGCGACUAUGCCCAGAGAAUGGUAGCGACUGCUUGGCAAGAGAAUUUUAGCGUCUACGUGUCCAGAAACUUUUAGCGACUGCUGGUCCAAAGAAUGUUAUUAACUGCUGACCAAGUAAAUGUUAACGACCAAAUUAAUGGAGUAUUAGCGACUAUGGCCCAGAGAAUGGUAGCGACUGCUUGGCGAGAGAAUUUUAGCGUCUGCUUGUUCAGAGAUUUUAGCGACUGUUGGUUCAAAGAAUGUAAGCGUCUGCUGGCCUAGAAAAUGUUAGCGACUGCUGGUCCAGAGAAUAUUAGCGACUGCGGCCCUUAGUUGGUAACGACUGCUGACACAGUGAAUGAUAGCAAGUUCCCGCUCAGAGAAUGUUAGCAAAUGCUGGCCCAUGAAUGUUAGCGACUGCAUGCCGAGAGAAUUUUAGCGUCUGCCGGUCGAGAGACUGUUAGAAAUGGCUGACAAGGUAUAAGUUAACGCACGCUGGCCAAAUGAAUGUUAGUGACAUGAAUGUUAGCGACUGCUGGGUCAGAGAAUUUUAGCAACUGCCAGCUCAGAGAAUGCUAGCGACUGCUUGCAAAACGCAUAUUAGCGAAUGCUGGUCCAGAGAACGUAAGUGACUGUUGGCUCAAAUAAUGUUGGCGACUGCUGACCUUGGGAAAGUUAGCGACUGCUGGCCCACAGAAUGUAAGCGACUAUUGGCCGGGAAAAUGUUAGUGACUGUUGGUCCAAAGAAUGUUAGCGUUUGCUGGCCUAGAGAAUGUAAGCGGCUGUUGGUCCAGAGAAUGGUAGCAACUGCUAGUCCAGAAAAGGUUAGCGGCUGCUGGUCAAGAGAAUGUCAGCAACUGCUUGUCAGAUAAUGUUAGCAACUGUUGGCUCGUGGAAGGUCAGCGGCUGCUGACCCAUGGAACGUUAACGACUGUGACUGUUGGCUUUGAGAAUGUCAGCAACUGCUGUCACAGAGAUUGGUAGCGACAACUGGGACAGAACAUAGUAGCGACUGACGGCCCAUAGAAUAUUAGCGACUAUGGCCCAGAGAAUGGUAGCGACUGCUCGGCAAGAGAAUUUUCAGAGAAUUUUAGGGACUGCUGGUCCAAAGAAUGUUAGUAACUGCUGACAAAGUAAAUGUUAACGACCAAAUUAAUGGAGUAUUAGCAACUAUGGCCCAGAGAAUGGUAGCAAGUGCUUGGCAAGAGAAUUUUAGCGUCAGCUUGUCCAGAGAUUUUAGUGACUGUUGGUCCAAAAAAAUGUUAGCGUCUGCUGGCCUAGAGAAUGUUAGCGACUGCUGGUCCAGAGAAUGCUAGCAAGUGCUAGUCCAGAAAAGGUAAGCGACAGCUGGCCUAGAAAAUGUUAGCGACUGCUGGUCAAAAGAAUGUACAUUAUUGCUGGUCAGAGAAUGUUAGCAACUGUUGGCCCGUGGAAGGUCAGCGUCUGCUGACCCAUGGAAUGUUAACGACUGUGGCUUAGAGAAUGUCGGCAACUGCUGACACAGAGAUUGGUAGCAACUGAUGACCCAUGGAGUAUUAGCGACAGUGGCCCAGAGAAUGGUAGCGACUGCUUGCCAAGAGAAUUUCAGCGUCUGCUUAUUCAGAGACUUUUAGCGACUGCUGGUCCAGAGAAUGUUAGUAACUGCUGACCAAAUAAAUGUUAACGACCAAAUUAAUGUUUUUGGUUCAGAAAAUUUUAGCACAGAGAAUGCUGGCGACUGCUUCCAAAGAGCAUAUUAGCGGCUGCUAAUCCAGAGAAUGUUAGAGUUACCGCCUGUUGUUCAAAAGAAUGUUAGCGACUGCUAGUCCAGAGAAUUUGAGCGGCUAUUGGCCCAGAGAAUAUAAGCGACUGUUGGUACAAAGAAUGUUAACGCAUGUUGGUCAAAAUAAUGUUAAUGGCUGCUAGUCCAGAGAAUGUGAGCGACUAUUGUUCCAGAGAAUGUAAUUGACUGUUGGUCCAAAGAAUGUUAACGACUAUUGCCCCAGAGCAUGUUACAGACUUAUGGUCUAGAGAAUGUUAGUAACUGUUAGUUUAAGGAAUGUUAGCGACAGCUGUCCUAGAGAAUUUUAGCGACUGCUUGUCCAGAGAAUGUUAGCGUCUGCUGGUCCAGAUAUUGUUUGCGACUGCUUGCCCAUUAAAUGUCAGCGCCUGCUGGUUCCUGGAAUGUUAUCGACUGCCGGCCGAAUGAAUGUUAGCGACUACUAGUCCAGAUAAUUUUAGAACGAACUGCCAGCUCAGAAAUGCUAGAGAAUGCUUGUAAAGAGCAUAUUAGCGACUGCUGGUCCAGAGAAUGUAAGUGACUGCUGACCAAGAGAAAUUUAGCGACUGUCGGUCGAGAGAAUCUUAGCGACAGCUGGCCUAGAGAAUGUUAGCGACUGUUGGUCCAAAGAAUGUUAACGACUGUUGGGCCUUAGAAUGUAAGUGACUGCUGACCUAGGAAAUUUUAGUGACUGCUGCUUCAGAGAUUGUUAGCAACUGCUAGUCCAGAGAACUUUAGCGGCUGCUGGCCGACAGAAUGUUAGCGACUGUUUGACCGAAGAAUGUUCGUGACUGCUGGCCUAGGAAGUUUAGCGACUGCUGGUGAAGAGAUUGUUAGCAACUGCUAGUCCAGAGAAUUUUAGCGGCUGCUGGCCGAGAGAAUGUUAGCGACUGCUUGUCCAAAGAAUGUUAGCGACUGUUGGUCUAAAGUAUGUAAGCGAAUGCUGGCCUAGGAAAAUUAAGCGACUGCUGGUCAAAAGAAUGUUAGUAACUGCUAGUCUAGAAAAUGUUAGCGACUGCUGGCCUACAGAAUGUUAGCGGCUGUGGGUUCAGAUACUUUUUUGGGUUCCAGCAUCUUUCCUCUAUUAUCUUUGCCAUCCAGAGAUUAAUAUUAUUUAGAAAAUUGUAUAACUGCUAAAAAUGAUCACUUUAAAUAAGUCAACAUACUGGCAACGGGAAGGUUAAACCUUUUUCUGAAAUGAAACUAAAACUUUUGAUCUUUCUUAUACAGAAACACAAUUUCUUAUGUAAAAACUUUUUUAUACUGGAUCGGCCCAUGUUAUCACGAGAAUUAACAAGGCAAUUAACUUGCUGUUAAAUCACGAUUUUUAUUUUUGAAAUGCCUUGCAAGGGGCGAAUUUUUAUUCUUGCACAGAUGGACAUCUGAAAUCUUUGUCUUGAUCCUUCUAUAAUAACCUUUUUUCGUAGCAUAAAAUAUAUAAAAUUAUCAACGUUAUAGUAUUAUAGUGUUUCUUUUAUUCUUAUUUUUAAUUAUUAUUAUUUUUUUUUUUAUUUUAUUUUAUUAUUUUUUUUUUUUUUUGCUUUUUCACACUAACCAUAAACGCAUUGCCAUCUUCCAUACAGAGUCGCCCAUUGUUUUUCUUUUCUUUUUUUCUUUUCUUCCUUUUUUUUUCUUUUUUUUUGAAUUCUUCGUCAUCAAUUUUGUCGAUAUUUGUGAAUGUAUGGAAUCGCGUGUAACUUGUGCAAUUGUUUCUUAUAACAAAUCAUGCAAACGAUAUUUUGGAAGUAUCAGUCGGUAUGUUUUUAUUUAGUUACCCUAAGAAAUCAUGUAAAUUUUUAAAGCACGGAUAUAUUCAUGCGUAUCUGUACCUUUAAUGAUUAAUAUCUCGUAUAUAAGAUUAUUAUUUUUGAAAUCAUGUUCCUGUUUAUCGAAUUUGUAAGUGAUAUGCAUAUUGGCAAUAACGAGAAAUAAAAAGGAUCUUUUGAAAACAUUGUA